AUGGACGGGUGGUCAGAUAUCUCAUCGGCACCUCCCCAGUACAGAGAAGUUGCCUGGAUAGCGAAUUGGGCCCUGCUGGCCCAAGGAUUGGGAUGGUCUAUCAACUACCUGGCCAUGAUAUACCAAUCGUACAAGGAUUGCACCUACGGCAUGGCCAUCCUGCCACUGUGCUGCAACUUCGCCUGGGAGUUCGUCUACAGUGUCAUCUACCCAUCUCACAAUUCCGCCGAGAGAGCCGUGCUCACCACAUGGAUGAUUCUGAACCUCUUCGUCAUGUAUACGGCUAUCAAGUUCGCCCCCAACGAGUGGCAGCACGCCCCGCUCGUCCGGCAGUGCCUCCCAUGGAUCUUUUGCGUGGCGAUCGCAGCCUUCACGGCGGGCCAUCUGGCACUGGCUGCGACGGUGGGAGUAGGCAAGGCGGCCAACUGGGGCGCCUUUCUGUGCUUCGAGCUAUUGACCUCGGGUGCAGUCUGCCAGCUCAUGAGCCGGGGGUCAAGCAGGGGAGCUUCGUACACAAUCUGGCUUUCAAGAUUCCUGGGUUCGUACAUUGGUGGGAUCUUUCUUCAUGUGCGGGAAACGCAUUGGCCGCAGGAGUUCGGCUGGAUCAGUCACCCUUUCGUCGCCUGGCAUGGGCUCAUGUGUUUCUCCCUGGAUAUUGCCUAUGUGGUUUUUCUGUGGCGCAUUCGGCGUCAGGAGCACAGAAGCCAGCUGAAGAAAGCUCUAUGA